ACCAUAUCCUGACUAGCUGCAUUCUGCAGAGAAGCACCAGAGACGGUCACCAAACAGCUGUGUGUGAAAUAAAGGAACAUAGAGAUGAAGCUUUCACUCAGCCACCUUGUGAUUGUCGCCAUUCUGGUGAUGGCGAUUAUGAAUUGCUCUUCGGCAAUGACAGGAAAAUCAACUCUGGGCAAAACUACAAUAACAAUGCCUCCUACCAGCCAACAAAACAGUACAGCACAAACAUCUUUGACAAAUUCAACAGAAGCGCCCACGACCAGCAAGACAAAGCCAACAAACAAAUCUGAGACUACGGCCAAUCCAACAAAAAAUCCUAAGCCUACGGACAAGCCAAUAAGCAAUCCUACGACUAAAGAAUCAACUACUAAGGGCACCGGCACAAUGCCUGCCUUGGCCACGAGUCUGCUGAUGGGAUCGGUGCUGAUCAUGUGCUACAGCCAACUUCCGUAAACGUUCCCACCGCAGGUCGGAGCAGUGGGUGGCUUUGUCCCUCCACCGUUGUCCGGACUCAGUCGAGCAGCGGGCUGUUACGGAACUGUCUACAGUAAUGGAUGCCAAUAAUAAAAUUAAUCUCCAAAUGAAUUUACUGUAAUUCUAAUCCAUGCCAUGCUUCUAGCUAGCAUGUCGUUUUUCACAUGCUGUUUGAAUAAAUAGUUAAAGCAUAAUCUGAUUAUUUUUCUAAGAUAAAUACAUUCUUAACUGCCGAACAUAAACACAAGAGAUUCUGCAGAUGCUGGAAAUCCAGAGCAGCACACAGAAAAUGCAGGAGAAACUCAACAGGUCAGCAGUGGAAAGGAAUAAACAGCUGAUGUUUCAUCGGGAUUGACCUGCUGAGUUCCUCCAGCAUUUUGUGUGUGUUUUUUUACUGCUGAGUUAGAUCUGCCUUUUGUGCUUGGCUUUAUAGAUAAUAUUAAUCUCCCCUGAUACAAAACUGAACAAUCAUUAUGGAAUUGUUGCUGGGCAGCUUAUCGUCAACAUGUAUGGUUAAAUAAGUUUACAAGCAGGAAACAGAAAAUUUGCCUCAGUAAAAAUUUAUUGCCACAGAUUAAGACGUUUGGAAGUUCCCAAAGUUUCAAUGAAAGUUUUAGGAAUGCCUGAGAAAUUUGGGAGCUGGUUUGGAACUCCUUUCUGUAACACUUGAAUGAAUUCCUCUAUCAUGGAGGGAGGGAGAGCGAGAGGAUAACUAUCGUAUUGCAUGUACCUGAACUAAGACCUCUUGUUUUUUUAAACAAAUAAAUUUUGCUCACUUCAA